AUGUCUCUCGACAUCCGCGCCGGUUUUUCGAACCGCACGGUGUUCGUCACCGGCGGCACAGGCCUUGUGGGAAAGGUGCUCUUGUACAAGAUUCUCAAGGAGUUCCCUGAUGUGAAGCGCGUCUACUUGCUCAUGCGCGGCAAGCGCUCUCGCCGGCUGAAGAAGUACCUGAACGCGCAGGAGCGGCUAGACCUCGAGGUGCUUGGAUCCCCCUGCUUUGAGCCGCUACGUCAGCAAUUUGGCGACGCCAAGUGGCAGGAGCUGUGCCAGAAGGUGAAGGCGAUCCAGGGUGACAUCACGCUUGACCACGUCGGCCUCUCUGAGGAGGACCGCGCGACACUGGCGAACGAGUUGAAUUUCAUCGUUCAUCUCGCCGCAACCGUCAACUUUAACGAACGGCUGGAUCUGGCGUUGCAGAUGAACACGCUGGGUGGGUUGCGCGUGCUGGCACUGGCGAAGACGUGCCGCCACCUCCAGGCAAUGGUGCACGUCUCGACGUGCUACGUCAAUUACCGUCGAAAGGGCCGCAACUUGGUGAACGAGGAGCGUCUCUACCCGCCGGGAUUCGAUCCAGGAGAGAUAUGCAAGCGCGUGCUGGCGAUGAACCCCAAUGAAAUGGAGAUGGAGUCAGCGGCGCUGCUGAAGGAGUACAACUUCCCAAACACGUACACGUUCUCCAAGUGCAUUGGCGAGCAGCUCAUCUACAAGUACAAAGAGUCCGUCCCUAUCGUUAUCGUUCGCCCGUCCAUUAUCGGCUGCAGCUACCGCGACCCGUUUCCCGGCUGGGUGGAUGCUCUGACAGCCGCGGGCGGUCUGCUGCUCACUGCGUCCCUGGGCGUGGUGCGCGAGGUGUUGUGCGACAAGGACCUCAUCGCCGACGUCAUUCCGGUGGACUACGUCGUGAACAUUAUACUCAAGGCGCUCUUCAAGACCCAGCAGCAUUACAAGGCGCGCCGCCUGCGCGCGGCUGCGGCGGAGUCGGGUGAGGCGAGGACUCCAGCGCAGGCGGCCGCUGGCGCGGCGCGCAGCAGCGCAGUGCCUUUGCCUGUGGACGCCAAGGCGGGUGCAGGUGGCAUGAACGUGGAGACGGGCAGCGCCGCUGCGGCGGAAACGAGCACCCUUGCUCUCAUCGAGUCGCCAGCGACGGACGACUUGACCGGCAGCGGGACGACGGAGGCGGACGAGGGCCUCCCCUUCAUCUACCAGGCGGCGACGUCGGCCUCGGAGAAUCGUGCGACAUGGGGCCGCGUGCACAUGUCCAUGGUGGACUUCAUGAGGGGCAAGCGCCACCCGAAGGGGCUCUCCUCGAUGAAAGUGACCUUGACGACCAACCGGCAGUACUACCGCAUGCGCUACUACCUUCUGCGCUACAUACCGUACAUCGCACUCCGCUCCAUGAUGCAGCUGCCGCCGCCGAUCGGAUCGCCAGAGAAGCUUGAGGCCGUGAAGAAAAUGGGCCGCGCGGUGCGGCGCGCCGACCUGCUCACGUGGGAGUUCCUCGACUUCACGCUGAACGAGUGGAUAUACGCCUUCGUCAACGCGAGCCACCUCGAUGACGGGCUUAACACGUACUCCCGCAAGGCCUUCAGCUUCGACCCAUAUUCUAUCAACUGGUACACCUACACGCAGGUGUAUGCCUAUGGCAUCUUCAAGCACAUUAUCCGAGAGACGGGCGACUUCCAAAUACCCAAGCUCCCACCGUCGGCCACGGAGGUGUUUGAGCGUGCGUCCUCCCUAUAA